GAUGGAUAACUUCCACGACAGCUCCAUCUGGUGAACCAAUAAAUAAUUAACAAGACGUUGUGCGAUGCGAUGGCGAUGUGUAAUUUUUUUCCGUUCGUUGAUGAUAUAUUUUGGAUAUAAAACAUUAAUUCAUUGAAAUAAAACUCAUUUAAAACGGACAUAAUAUUAAUAAUACUCAAGUGCAAAGUGUGUCAGAAUACGUGUGUACGAAUAUCGAGACAGUCGGUAUGGAGGAGAGCUCUGAAGCACACAUGGAGACCGACGUGUCUUCUACCACCGAAGACUUGCCUGACAGGCAAGAGGUGACGGGAUCAAACGGCACCGUCGAGAUGGUCAUUGUUGUUGAAAAAGUUUGUGAAGAGGAUAUGAAUGAGAAUAAUAAAGAACAAUUGGAUAAUGUUGAUAGUGUUUUGGAGGUACCAGAUGAGCCCUCGGUGACAGCUACAGCAAGUGAGGAGGCCAAAACAAUCUCACCAACUAAACAUGUUGAUCCUGAACAAGCCAUACAACAACCUACUAUAAAGCUAGAAUCACCUAAAAAAACUUUACCCAGCAGUCCACCUUCAAAUAAACAGGGUCCUGUUACAGUAAACACUGAACAAGAAACAGUUGAUUCCUCAAGUAAAUCAGAAGAAGCAAAGCCACAGAGUGUUGAUUCUAAUAGUGAAAUAACAGUAGAGAAUCUUGUAGAAAGUACUGAUUCACAAAAAAGUGAUGAAAAAUCAAACAAUGAGGAAACUCAGCCACAAGAGACUUCAAAAAUUAAUAAAGAUUUAUUGAACCAGAUAAAACCAGCACAACAGAGAGUACAGAAAAUAAAAAUAAUGAGGAACCAGACGCAC